UUGUGAUUUACAACAUUGCUGAUUUUAGUGAUUACAUUACAUUUUUGUGAUUUUCAUAUAGAAUUGGCUCAAACUAAACAAAGAGAAUAUUAGUUUAUAUUCAUUACAAUAUAGUAGGUACGUGAUACGUUAAAAGUAAAACAGUUUUAUUAAAUUUCUUGAGAUUAUCCGUUCUUCCUGAUUUUUAAAAUAUUCAAAAGGUAUGGUUAAUCUGCUCGAUACUCUAAUGAUAAAUACGGUGGCGGAGGGAACUAUGAAUGUUUUACGCAAUAUCGGACUGUUUAAGAGCAAGUCAGUAAGUCCACCACCAGCAAUUAUAAUCAAAAUGCCACUAUGGGAACUAGCACAAGAGGCUGGACCAUUUGUAAGGCUAGCUGGGCUAAGUGGAGCAACAGCUGUUGUUCUAGGGGCAAUGGGUGCUCAUCGCACAUUCCCAGAAACAGAUAACAAAGAAGACUUAAAGAAAAUCUUUGAAACAGCUAAUAGAUUUCAUUUUCUUCACACACUAGCACUCAUGACAGUACCUCUAUGCAAGAGACCUUAUAUUGCUGGCACAUUCUUCAUAGCAGGCAUGGGACUCUUCUGUGGCACUUGCUACUACCAUGCCUUUACUGGCGAACGGGCAUUACGUCGUCUCACACCUGUAGGAGGCUCUUGUCUUAUCCUUGGCUGGAUUGCAAUGGUACUGUAGUUCCUAUUCCUAGUUGUUGAACUCUUAUUUAAGUGAAAUGAAUAAGUAGAAGUCAUUCCAGACCUAGUAUUGCUGUGUAUUCAUUUGCAAAUUAAGUGUAAUAUUUUUAAAAUACAAUUUUAGAUAAAACAGUAUUUUCUUCAGAGUAGCAAAUCAACAGAAGCAAUGUGUAGUUAUUUAUGUAUUUGGGUAAGGUAGUGAAUGAAUGCCCAAGUUUGUAAUUUUGAUUUAGCAUCAUUAUCAGCUAUUUAUUUAUUAUUAUUGUAGGUAUUUGUAUUAUACAUUAUAUGUAUAGUAAACUCUUAAUAAGGGGUGUGCAUCGAUAAAUAAUUAUUUUUUCUGCUUCAAAAUACUUUGGCUACAAACAUUUAUAAUACAAUGAAUAUUUUGCCUUAUUUGCUUAAUGUACCUCAACCAGGCGCAUCUGUUUUGAGUAAUAUUUAUGACUUCAUAUUUUGUAAAUCAUGGUCUUUCUGCAAAGUAUUGCCUAAGCUCAUGUAAACUAAACAUAAUAUGUCAACAAAUAAACAUAAAUUAUUUCUACACACAUUAUUAUAAUGAAUAUUGUUAUUUAUCAGACCCCAGUCUAGCACAAUUGUAAAUAAUACAAUUCUACAAUAAUUAUAAUAAGUCGGUUUUUGAGAAUCAAGUUACAUGAUUUUUUUUUGUUUCAAUUUAAAAUGUUUUAUUCUUAAGAGUUAUUGGAAUUGUUGUUAAAUUUGAAUGUAACAUAAUAUGUAAUAAAAAG